AUGGUGCCAAGACUCGAGUACAAAGAAAGCAAAGACAGUGACCAUGAAAGUGUUUGGUGGUUUCUUGAAAAGUCUUUGCAACAACACAAGGCACCUAUACUAGAAAGCUUGUCUAUCAAACUCGAUCAACGAUGUCCUAUUGAUGCUGAUGUUAAGAAGUGGAUUGCAAACGCAGUUGAUCGCCGAGUGCGCAUGUUAAAUCUCAUACUCAUGUGGUCUGCAGCACCUAUUGACUUGCCCGCAAGUCUUUACACGUGUGAAACGCUAGUAGAAUUAAAUUUAUGCAGAGAAAUUCUUCUAGAUGUUCCUUCCUCGGUUUGCCUCACAUCACUCAAAAAGCUUUACCUUAGUGGACUAAUGUAUAAAGACGAAGUUUCCGCUGUAAGGCUUCUAUCAAGUUGCCCUGUUCUCGAACAAUUGUCCGUAUCUCGAUCUAGGAAUGAUAAUGUGACAAAUUUUAUUGUGGAAGUGCCUUCUCUAAAGAACUUACUUUACUCUAAGGAACGAUCAGAUAUAGGAGAUACUGGUGGAUCCUUAGUCAUAGAUUGUCCAGCGUUAAAGGACCUAUUUAUCUUGGAUUCUUCGGGGGGCUCUUGCUCUUCCCGAAAUAUGCCUUGUCUUGAUAGGGUACUUAUCAGUACAGUUUGGUAUCCUGAUGAAAAGUUUCUGAUACCUUUUUCCUCAAUCACGUGUCUAAAGUUGUGUAUGACUCAUGCAAUGGUAGAUGUUUCUGCACCCCGUUGA